AUGUCUAAGAGAUCGAAUAAUUUCUGGUUUCGUGCGGCCGCAUCUGCAACCAUUCUUGUUGCUGGGUUGGUGAUUGGCCGUAUUGUUUACCAAGUGACGGAAUCUCCCAAUACCGCAAACUCAAACCUGCAGAAAAAAACUAUACAGCCGGAGACCCGUUCUAUCACAAUUGUUGUGUCGAAAUCGUAUGCACACAUUAUUGAGCCGAGAUUGUUCGACAAGUAUCCGAACAUAACAGUUGUCCUGCAUCCUGCACUGGCCAAAUCCGAGAUUGUUAGUCAGCUGGGGUUGGCUGACGUCGAGUCUCGGAUCAUACAAACUGAGCACGAGGAGAGUAUCUUCCACAUCAUGAAACAAUUAGGAUCGUCAUACAACUUUGUCUCAUUACAUGACCUCGACAUGAGCCCAGAAAAGAUCGAGACCUUCCACCUGGACAGUUUCGUUGGAAAUAUUAGCGAUCUAGACAGUUUGGACGACUAUUUAGCAUAUUAA